AUGUGCACCUGGUCUUACCUCCACCACCACCACCUGUACCCUUGCACGAGGGAAAUCGACAUGGUGGUGCAUUACGCGUUUUGCAGAUCAGCUCCGGUCGAUACGGCCGGCUCGCAGCUACCAUGCGACAAUCUGACCUACGACCAUACCCAGGCUGUUGACUACAACAACCCAUGCGCCACAGGAGGUUGCCUGGCCUCGCCUGACUGCUCCUCUGGAGCCUGCCGUCUUGAGCAGCUCAAUGGGCGGUGGAUAUGUUGCCAAUGCAAUCGGGGCGCUAACGAGUACCGCUGGUGCCGCCAUCGCAGGCGCGGGAGCCCAGACACAUUCUGUUACCACGUCUGCUGCGCAGGUUGUCGGGAAGAUUCACGGUCUAGUCGCCGAAUAUAA